CAAAGGCUUCUAAAGAUUCUUAUUGCAAACUGUCCAAGCAAUGAAAUUUCCUCACAGCAAAGACGAGUCAUUCUUCAUUCAUCGAUGGUUUAUUUUAAGCGUAGCCAGUUUCACAACGAUCACAGACUUUUCUAAUCAGCCAUCAGUAACAAAUCCAUCACACAAUUCUCGUCCACGCAACCACAAACGCAACCCUGUGAAACAUCAAUCGUGCGCUCCUGUGAGAACACACCGUUCUAUCUGUUCUUCAAAUAAAGCAAUUUUGAAACUUUUCCCUGUCGUAAAGCAACAGAACAGUGCUCCGCAGUUCCCAAACGUUGCAAUUGUUUAAUAGGAUUUAAACAAUUUUCGCGUACUUUACUGAUUGAUGUAGGGCGGCUUUGCUCAAUCUGGAGGGUCACUAACCUCUUGUUGUGGACAAAAGAUAUUUUGCCGUCCGCUGAUUUACAUGUCUAGUAAUUACCUCUUGACGUGCUCGGUUAAUUCGGUUGAAAAAUUGAAAAGCUCGGUUCAACAGCAAUCAAAGGGCAGUGGAGCAUGCGAAUGAUAUCGUGCUUGUUUACGCAAUUAUUAUCGAUGAAAACCGCCGCGAACAAUUACUCAGACAAUUGCCUAGCAGCUGUUCAUGGUUGAACUGGCAACAGACAAAAAUUUAAACGAACUGUGCAUUUUCGCAGUUCAGAGCAGUAGCUCAAGUGCCACCAUUUAUCAGUGGUGAAAUUUUCCUCUAGAAUGCUUCGAAGACGAGGUUCUGCGCCAGCCGUCGUGCUACAACAACAUUUCGCGGAAUCAAAAGGGGUCAUCUUGAGAGCGGACCGCAUAAUCCCUCCUUUAGAAACGCAGAAAUUGUCCAAGGCUAAACGAGGUAAGAAGGAUUUCGCGGAAAGGGGUUGCAGCCCUCCACCACAAGUUCCUUCGUCCCCGGACAGAAAGACUAACGAAGCGCGUUACAGUGGUGACUAUGACAGCCCAUCACCCAGAUGUCCGAGUCCGCCUGGAUCGCCAAGCUCCCCAGUAUUAAGUAAGAAACCAAUGAAAUAUCGAUCAAGGAGAAGAGACAGCGAGCCUUUUGUGGGUCAGCCACCUGCGUCGUUAAAUUCGCGCAACACGACAUCGAGUUCGUUACAUAGAAGAAGCAGCUCGUUCAGAGAUUAUAACAUUGUUCUUCUUGGACAGGGAGGUGUUGGGAAAUCGGGUAAGUCAAUACUACGAUGUUACGUGAGAAAUAAGAUGAUGAUAGCUUAUACAAGAAUGUUUAAAAAAGCCCAGUCAUUAUAAUUGAGCCAACUUGAACCAAGUAGCGUGACUUUAGUAAACGGUUCCUUUUCUUUCUCUUGGCUCAUUGUUGCCUCAUGAAAAAUAAAAUCAUUCCUUUCGCAGAAUCCAGUUUUGUUUCGCUCUGACCUGCUGUGUUUAUUUAAGAUAGAAUAAUAAUUUUGCCUUUACAAAUUAUUUGAAUACCUGUGAUCUUGUGAAAAGCUAUGAAAACAAAUUAAAUUCCAAUUAUGUCUCAUUAUUCAAAGCCCAUGCAAUUUUUUUGAAGGGAAAAAAUGGUUGUUAUGAUUUACAAACACAAAAAGUCGAAUUUCAUCAGUCCUUCAGACAAUGGAGUUUAGUUAAGGAAAUAUAUAUAUUUCAACUCCUCUUCGAAAAUAUUUGUUUCACGCGGCACCUUUGAGUGUGUUAUUUCAUAUUUUUAUUUGUUUAACUCAAGUUGAUCGUUUUAGGUAUUGGUUCCAUAACUUUACUUUGUUAUGGGGGGUCAGCCAAGCAACCCUAAAUUCUAAAGGCAGCGAUUUUCGGCUUUUAUUCAAAAUGAAAAUGUAGUCAUUGAUUUACGUCAAAGUUGACUGAUCGAACACAGUGCGUAGCUAUAAAGGAUUUAGGUGGGUUCCUAGUACUCAGCAAAGUUAAAGUGAAAGUUCCUUUGAUGUUAUCAUAAAGAAAUUCACGCCUGACAGCUUCGGAAUUGAUCGAAUAUGUAAGCUAUUUAGUUGUAUGUGAUUGCAAGUUAGUAUUUUAAAGGGCCUGAAGAGAUCGAGACUACAGUCUUUGACUGCGGUAAUUAUACACUUUAUUCUAUUCAAAAAAAGUAUACUUGGUAAAUGUUGGCGGCCACUCAUCUCAUCAAGUAGUGGUUCGGUGCUUUGAUCUCAAUAAGAAUUCUUCACUUUUCUAGGAAAAAAAUCGUAAUCCGUUGGAACAAUCCGAUAUUUAAGGAUAACCCAUAUAAAUCCCAUCUCAUGAGCUUAAAAAUAAAACAAAUGGACGACACAAAAUAUCCUGUGAUAAAUUGGACGUCUCUGAAAUGAGAAAGGUGAACUCAACAUUUAGUUUACUGAAAAAUACCUUUCACUACAUUCGAAGCACAGUAUGGCGCAUAAGAUAUGAAUCACUGAAAACUCAUUCAGCUAUGUUAGCAGAAAUGCAUGUAAUCCUGUGGUAUCAAAUUAAAUCGCGGUGUAACCUAAAUACCUUUUUCCUGAACAGACGAUGUCCAUGCAGCGAACCUUAAAAUGAGAACAAUAUUGUUGGGUUCGGAAGGAAUUUGUGUAUGUGUUCAAUUUAUUAACAUAAGAAUAUGAUCUGAUUUUAAAAAUACUGGCAAUCUAGAUGCUUUAUUUUACUUUUGCGAAAUGUGUCUCGGCUUUAGUCGAACUGAUAACCCACACUGCCGUGGGUAAUAUGCAUGAUAACACAUCGUACCACAGGUUAACCAGAUAACAUUUUUUGUGUUGCUAUAAAAAAGUCUCAUUCAAAUUGCAUUAAUCAAGUGCGGAGGGUAAAGAACUUAAUCAGAUUAGAAAUUCGGUUCAAUUUUUUUGGCAUUUUGAUUCCUGACAUAGAGUGUGGGUGCUUUAUCCUUCCGGAUAAAUCGACUCAUGGAGUACUGUAGCAUGCACGUUUACACUGCGGCUGCCACAAAUUCCUCUAAAGCACAUCCAACAGGAUGUUUUUGAGUGUAGCUGACUGGUCUGACUGCAGCUAAGCUUAACGUAAGCCUGGAAUGGAAGGGGGGGGGGUACUUCGUGGUGAUAUACUACUAGAAGGAAUCAAUCCAUUUUCACGACGGGAUUGAGUGUAAUGGAAUUACAUAUUCAAUCGAGUUACUUGACUGGAGUUGCACUUUUUCAGGAUUCGGGCGCGACUACGGGGUAAGUUUAGUAAAUGCGUCAAUUCAUUUUAGGAUGACCUACUUAGAAUGUUCUAUGAGGCAGAUGCAUAAACAGAAAGUGACUCAAUUAGGAUCGCGAAAAUUACGUUUGUCCAAAAGUGAGUAAGAUGGGUCACUGAUUGAUCACAAAAUAUACUACAAUGGGGUAUUGACGGGUUCUGAGAGGCCAGCGGCACAUACCCAGAAAAAUUGACCUACGAAUUGUUGUCAGCCAACCCAUUCCAAACCCUCAACAUAUGAAGCAAUACAAUCCUUGAUUACUUUUAACGCUCAACUGAAUGUUGCUCUAAAAUAUAAAAAAAGUAAGUUAUUGAUUAUGCGAAUGAAGGUAAUGUAAAGACGCAAUCGGCAAAGCAGUUGGGUCUGGUGGUUUAUAAUUUGUGCUUUGUGACGAAGUAUUUGCAUCUGAAUGUAUGCAGUAAGACAAAAUCAUGGUUUAAAGGUCAAUAACCAGGGUUCAGAACUACUUGCUGUUUACGCGAUACUUAUAGGAAAAGUCAACAGUACUACCACUUGAUUUAUUAUGUUGAAGUCUAAACUGAUUGUCUCGUAUAGAAAGUGGACGCUUCAAAUGUAUACAAUAUUUAACUACUUAGAUCACACGGCGUACGAGGUCAUAUUUAGGAAAAUAUUUCUAUUAAUUCUCAAGAUCUGACUGUUACUUCUCCCCUUUGCCUGUUACACAUUUCCUUUACAGUGUAAAUUAUUUACGAGAAUUUGAGGUCAGAUCAAGAUAACUUCUACCUGAUAAGUUUGAAUAUUCUCAUUACCUGUUUGCUGGAUAGUGUACGGAUAUCAUAGAGAGAAGUUACUUGUCAAUCACUUCUGGAAGUUAAAGGGUUGAAAAUUUCACAUCCUAAGUUUGGGAUGCAACAUCUAGAUUCUUAUCCGGCCCAGUCUUAUUCGGAAAUUUUUUGAGCCCUAUUCUGUAUCAUGCUAUCUGCAGAAAAUAUGUCUAGUUCUUUGAUACAGUCUGUGUUGUAGAGGCAGUGAUGACAUGUUACUUAUUUACUCGUUCAUUUUAUGUACACAGCAUUGUUAGUGCGGUUUACAACCGGAAGAUUUAUUCAUGAAUACGACCCAACCCUUGGUGAGUUGUGAAUUUGUUUUCUUUAUCUUAAUUGCAACAAAAACUUAGCACUUUGGAGACUGCAUGACCAGAUGGGCUGUUGGUGUAGGUACUCAAAAUUGAUGUCGUGUGUGCUUACGUACUGUCAUGGCAACUGCUGACUGCAGAGAACAAAAGUGAACCUCUACUCUGUAAAUCCUUCCACUUACCGCAGAUAAUUGAUUAGGUUAAUCACAUGAAAUCAGGGGUGCAAAAAAGUGUUUCUAUUUACAGCUGCCUUGUUUAAAGACGUAUAAGAUUUCACCACAUUUUGGUUCUUAGCCGGUGAUUAACUAGCUUAGUCAUAAUAAUAACACCCGGUUUCUUUAUUGCAUUUAAGCGGAUUAAAAAAUACAAGUAAAAGGAAACGACAAAUCUUUUGAGGAUUUUCAGCACGGAAGGAGCGGAGAUCCUGACUAAACUAAAAUUAUAUGGAGAAAUUUGAUUAAAAGAGUCACUGUAGGCUUUUACGUUUUCUGGAUUUCGAGAGGGUUUCUCCUACGCCAACUUUUGGAAAUUUCGAGAUCGGGGUGUCCUGUCUUUGCAAUCCAAAUCUUCAGUUUUGAGAUCAACUUUAAACGUAUGGUUUUCGGUUUUUGGAUCUAGAUCCUAGCUCUCAAUAUUUAACUUUGGUUUCAAUAACCAUAUUCCCGCAGUAAUUUUCAGUCGGUUUUGAGUGAUUUUUGCCUUGUUUUGGUAAGCCCAACCACCCUCUCUUGCACCAAAUAGUUACAUGGCAACAGUCAAAACCUGUACCUAGCCUCCAUAUAUGUAUUCUUGGGCGAGAAAAGCUUACAGUCUUGUUUAUUGAAAUGCACGGGAGAAAAAGGAACGAGCUUUUUCAACAAACCUGGCAAACUAGUACUGGCGAUUAACUCAGUGACCGUUAAAGCUUAUAUGCAUCGAUAAACUUGAAAAUAAAUCAUUGUAAAGACAUAUUUUCUAUUUGACAGAAAUGACGUACGAUAUGUGUGUUGAAAUAGAUGAGGAUCCAGCGAUUUUACACAUAACUGACACCGCAAGCACAGUGAGUUUUAGUAUAGACGUUGUUCUACAUUAAUUUUUACAGGUCUGGGGUGAAUAUGACAUCAACUACGUACCGAGUUUUUGCAAUUAGCCUGAGAAAGCAAAGGAAAUCGAACUGAAAAAAGACUGCUUGAAUUUUUCAAUAUUGAUUCAACAUCAAUCCUCUCCUUUUUUUUUUUUUUUUUACUUUGAGCCGGCAAAGAUCAGAAGCUCAUAUUUGGCUUUGCUGAUCUCAUAGAGCAGGCUGAUCUCACAGAGAUCACACGCGAUUAAAAUCAGUUUUUUUAUAAAUAAUGACAUACGCUUACGAGGAGAACGAAAAUUAGAGAAUAAGAUACAUCUACACUUAUUUUCAGUACAUUUUGAAUUCACUUGAUUUCUUAUCGUUUUUUUUCUUUAUUUACUUUGCUAUUUAUUUAUCUACUUCAGAAUGAACCGGUAUAUCUAAGCCAAAAUGAGGGCUUCAUAGUCGUUUACGCCAUAGACGAACCGAGAUCUUUUCAAACCGCCACGCAACUCGUCAAGCUCAUCCGGGAACUGAAGAAGCAGCGAGGUCAACAAACUGCCAUUGUUCUGGUUGGUAACAAAGUAGACUUGAGUCACUCUCGAUCGGUGUCCCAACAGGAGGCUUUAGAGUUUGCUUCGGAGUACGAAUGUUUCUUUCACGAGGCUUCAGCUGCUAGUAAUAUUAACGUGAAAGUUGCUUUCCACGACGCCGUUAGGCAGUUGCGGAUGAUUCAGUUGAACAAGAAGGCGAAUGGACCAAUGAAUUCCAUCAAGAAUUUCUUCUCGCGCAGAGAAAAUCACGAUAAAGGGCUAUUAUUUUCUACAGAAAAUGCAAACUGUAAAAAAGUAGGACGAGAAGUGGAGAAAGAUGGCUACUUUGACUAAAAUUUGCUGCUUUCCUUAAGUGAAUUCGCCUGCUUUCUCAGGACCAGUCAUCAUUUUUAAUCGCCUGGAGGGGUGGAACAGGGCGGGGAGGGGGGUUGGUGGAGGAUUUUAGAGGAUGACAUGGUUGUCAGGGGUAACGGAGGGGUCAGUCGUCACUAGCAUGAUGGGAAAAUACAGAAAAUUUACUGUAAAUUAACUGCCGAUGAGGGGGGGGGGGAAGGGCCGUGAGAAUAUUACAGAGUUUUGUGGGGGGAUCCGUUAAAUUUCAUCGUGACACAACCAAAAUCCUCCCUACUUCCCCUUCCCCCGCCCUUUAUUCCUUAAUGAUGACCGGUCCCCAAUUUAACCUUGAUACCUCGUCCGGAAAAUUUCACGAAGUAUAGACGCUCGAAGGGUGAAGCCGAGGUCCAUCAAAAAUGAGAGUCUGGCUUUUGCAAAAUAAUAAUUGCUGUUUUAGCUGUUGUGUAUUGGCUACAAUGCCAAUACCUUUCUAAGUGCUCUAUGCUUCAUAAACAUCCUUAAGUGUUGUUCUUAGACAUAGGGAAACGUUUUUAUAGAUUUUCAGGUAUGGAGGAGCAAAAUGAAAUUUGCACCUGGUUCUUUUCUCUGCGUGAGGAAAAUCCCACCUAAAUCUUUGAUUAAGCUUAUGAUGUCAGUCGUAGCAUGAGGUUUUAGUAUGAAAUCAGAAUUC